AUGUCAUUUGAGCCUCAGACCAUGCGUAAACAAAUGCAUGGAUCCAUGCUCAUCAUCCAGGUCCUCGUCCGUAAAGCUCAUUGGAUUCGGAUCAACGUCUGUGGUUUAUACAGUACAGUACCGGGCGAGAUUUAUGCACCAGGUUCGGAAAUGAACACAUCUGAGUUAGACAAGCCAACGUUUAUUAGCUGGCCACAAACGAAAGUUGGGGAAGUGCAAGAGCUUCUUAUCGAAGAUGAAUUCAUUCUUCCGCUCCAGUUUUACAUUCAUCCAAUGUUCAAAUGGACCAUCGUGUCACGCUUCUGGAAUGCAGUAAGCUUUUGUUGGGGUGUGAAAAUAACACGACCUGGUCGACGAUCACAACAGUCAAAACAAACUGGAAAGCUUUGA